GUUUUUUGUCGUUUGUCUUAUGCUUGCGUUAAUCACUAGUGCCGAAUCAUCUGGAAAAUCCCGAAACCGAGAAGAUCGUUUUGAUCUGGAGAACGAGAGCGUUGAAAGUAAACAGAGUGACGAGAUCAUUGCCUCAUGUAAAAGUUCAGAGAGUGCGGAAGAAAAUAGCUGCAGGCAGAGUGAAACUAAACAUCACAAGCGGAAGACUUUUCGAUUCGCAAUUUAGAAUUAACAAACUAUUUUUAUAAAAUUUAUUUGAAU